GGACAUAUGUUCUGUAUAUGCUGCUGACAGGCUGCAGGUUCAAAACACACAAGUCAGAUUAAGUGACACAGAGAUUAAUCCGCGUGGGAACAAAAAGAAAAAAGAUAAAAGGAAGGAACGAUAAUUAAGAUUCGGCGUGUUGCGCGCGUUUAGACGUCUCCAUCAUUGGACUUGUGUAGAUUUUGUAAUCUUUGGAGGUCCUUUCAGCUGAUACGCUGUGAGCCAGAGACAAUCAUGAUCCUCCUGACUCCCUCCUCUGAUGAAGAGUCUCUUGAACUCGCCUGGCUUUGGAAUCACAGGAAGUUCAGGGUCUCUUCCAGUGUACCAACAAGCUCGUUCUGAGUGAGGAAGCCACGGGACUCCAGAUCAAAGAGUUUGCACGUAAAAAUGCAGCUAAUGCUCUGUCAGUCGCCAACAUGGUCAUGGGCAUGGCCUCCAUUCUCAGCGGUCUAAACGGGCACCAUCAUGCUGCAUGUUGGCUGGUUCUGAUUGGCUACCUGCUGGAUUUGGCAGACGGAGCAGUUGCCAGGCGACUCGAUGCCUGCUCUGCACUGGGUGCGAAGCUUGAUGAUUUCGCUGACUUCACAACAUUCGGGAUCGCCACGUCGUUGCUCCUAAGGACAUCUGACCUGCUGGACAACAUCCUGUGCGUGUGUUAUGUCCUGUCCGUGUUUGUCCGCCUCUGUUUCUUCUCAAGCGGGAUUCCAUUCAUGUACCGCGGCCUGCCCUGCAUCUACUCCUCAGCCAUCCUGGCCAGUGCCUCUCUGCUGUCAGGGGGAAACCUGGCAAUGCUGCGGGUCAUUGCAGUGGCCAUGAUCCUCUUUAUGAUCAGCCAGAACUUCUAUCCCCAUGACAGAGUGCUGGAGUCCCAGGCCUGGAAGAAAGUAGUGUAUGCUGGAGGGGUCAUCAUGGUGUUCUGCUCUUCCUUCCCCCCUGCAUGCGUGUACUACCUGCUGUGGUCAGUCUCCUACAUUUUAUUCCCAACAUCCCUUUGGAGCAGUAAAGUGUAAAAUGGGCGCUGGCCGUGCCCCAAAACUCCCAAAUAGUUUACCUCUGACCCAUCCGGGUGAACUGAGGCUUCCAGACUGCUGCUGCUCCCUUCUGUCAUGAGGAUCCAAGCUGAACAUGCUCAUGCUCCACAGGCGAACACUGGCUCUAUUUGACCUUUAUUUUAAUGUGACACCUCUGAGACAGAACCCACACUGAAGACAGUUAGAGUGAGGGAGGGGAAGGACAUUUUAAUGUUACUAGUAAUGAUUAACCUUAAUGUCGUUUUAUGUAAUUGUUGCAUUUUUACUGAAGCCGGAGGUCGGAUGGCUUGUUCCACAAACUCAGUUUUCAUCAGGUUUAUCUCCUAUGUAAUCUCCCUACUUCGGUAUUAAUCCAAUCUUUCAUUGAUGUUGUGAGCACGCAGCAGCAGGUCAGAAAAUUUUCUCACAGGAUAAUACGAAAAGAAAUUUCAAAUUAAAUAAUGACAUCGAUCUCUCAUAUAUUUUUGCUUCUAAUUUGGUUUUUAGAAUGUUUAAUUUUGUAAUCUCACAUGAGAUCACUUAUUCUGAUGUCCACAGUGUUAAGCAGUAAUUAGUGUUCAAGUGCUACAGUAUUAAGGGAAAGCAUUUAAUCUAUUCUAUACAAGAUUUCCAGUGUCUUUUCUGGUUAAUCUAGAACACAGUAUUGGGCAUUCAUACGGCACUAUGAUCAGUCUUGUGUUAAUGACUAAUGUUUGUAUCAGGGUCGGGGUCACUUCACUUUCAUUCAGGUCAGGAUGUUUCUUUCAAAUCCACCUCUCCGAAUAAGAACCUUUCAAACAUGAUGGUGCAGUCAUUCCUAUGAUUAGAGUAGCUGUUUGGAUGUAUGUUUUCAAUAAGUUCACUUGAAAGUCAAUUGACCCUGACUCUGGCCUGUGUGAAUUUAGUUUUUCAGACUUUUAGCUUUUUGCCAAUUUGUGGCUCUGUCCGAGAAACAAUGCGUUAGAUUUCCAUAUUUCUUCUGUGUCAUUUUAUUCAGUCAUUGUAUGUAUUUGCCUCUGUUUUAAGAGGCAUUGUAGUUUAAAUUCACACUGAAUCACAUCUUGUAGUACUCCUCUGACUACGGCUGAAGCAGUGACAUCAGUGCUGCAGGCGGAGUCAGGAACACGAGUGGACGUUGCAACCCGUAAAUAGGACCGCAGCAGCAGUUUUCUGCUUCGUGAUUCAGUGUGAAUUUGCCCUCAAAGAGCGACAACACACAGGCUGCAAAUCCUGCUUUUCCUGCCACCUAGUGGGGAAGAAAUCACCUCACUGUAAGCUCUGCCUGGUGUUGUAACAUUGCACUACAGUUGAUGUUGGCUGUGCUCACAAAUGCACCGGACCAGUAGUGAUAGAGCUGCGGUGAAACUUUAAAAACCCACAAGGAAGGAGAGUUUAAGUGUGUUGCUAAUCUUUAACUUGGCCAAUAUUCAGUUUGAGGGACAUCAUUUUUUUUUGUAGAUGGGUCCUUUUUCACUCACAGUUUUAGUUCAGUGAUUUUAAUGAUUUGAACCCUCUCAUAAGCAACUCAUAGUGUUAGCAAUUUAUCUAAAUGAGCCUCCCUGAUAGAGUAUUUCUAGGGAAAACUAAAACAGUAUUUUAUAAAUCAAGAAAAUUAAUACAAAAGGUUCAUGUCUUCUGGUUCUGAUAUCAAUCUAAACCCACUAUGGUUCUUGACAUGGCUCUAAUGACUAAUCUGAUUAGAAUCUACAGUGUUAGGUGCAUACACAGACUGAACACAAAUCUACUCUAGUACAUUCAGCUUUCCUGUGUGGGUGCUUUGGUUUUCAAACUGUGAAGUCACAGUAAUGUAUGCAUCCCAAGAGCAUUACAGAUACAAACACUGUACUUUGCCCAAUGAUUAAAGAAAAUCUUAAUGAAUAGUAAAAUCUGUGCUUUUACAUUUACUGUCUGUAUAUUUUUGGCAAUAAAGAGGUAAUAAAGAAACAACUUGUUUUCAGUGUCAUUAAUUCAUCACAGUAAUGUUUUACUGUAAAACUGUUUACAUAUAUAUAUAUAUAUAUAUAUAUAUAUAUAUAUAU